CAAUUCUUUUCCUCUCUGAAUGUGCUAUUCGCUCAUUUAUUCCACGUAUCUUCCACGUAGCGUCAUAGGUAUGUACCUAUGUACCUAAAGGUUCAAUACUAUCCAAAAGUACUCAGGUACAUGACCGGUUGCAGUGAUCGGCCUGAAUGUUACGGAUACACAAAUACUCAGGUACUUGUUAGAAUCGAUAAGCCCGCUAAAUCUAGGUACCUACCUCAUAGGCUACCUAGGUACAUAGUAGUUACUCUCUCCGAUAAUAUCCACCUGCUAACUACAUAAAAUCUGCACGCGACAAAUAAUAAGUAAUAAGUUGACCACUGGACGUCAUUUAAGGCUACAGAAAUGGCAGACGAACAAGUGUCACUCACUUCCCUAAUCUUCAUAAUUGUCCUUGGCGGCCUCAUCAUUCGAUAUCUAUUCUUUUCGUCGCCAGCCCAACCCUCGCGACCACUCCGAGAUGCCCAGGCGGUAUCGCGCGCUAGAGAGGCCGCAGUAGAAAGGAUACAACAAAUCUUUGGACCAGAUCGAGUCGAUCGGAGGACUAUCUUGUGGGAUUUGCAUCGCAAUGGGGGGAACAUAGCGGCAACUACGGAACGGAUAUUAGCAGGACGCAUAGAGACCCCCCCUAUUACAUUCCAGCCACCACCUCCUCCGACUUCUCCCAACCCCUCGGCGACACAGACACAACCUUUCAAGGCGCCUCCAAAGCCUGCCGAGCCAGAUUUGAUUACUAGAUAUAAACUACAAGAUAAAGUUAGCACCAGCAGCGAGCCCGAAUCCUGCACAAAACCUAAGGCAUGGAGCUCCAACCGGAAUGAGCGACAGGCAUCCCUACAACGAAGGCGAGACGAGAUGAUUUUAGCGGCAAGAAGGAGGAUGGAAGCCAAAAUCGCAGCAGAGAAAUCUGCCGGAAACACCCAGCAAUAAAAUAAACAUUGGCCUACGGGGUUGGACUAGUAACCUAGGGUCUCGAUCGCCGUUUGGGGAGGCGGGCUGUAUAUCUCGAAUUCAACCCUCAAGUUGGGAAUGCUUUGUAUAUCAUAGUUGAAGUAUAUGUAAAGCAUACCUUG